AUGGAAUAUGAUCAUGUUUCUCAACCUCGAUUAAAUACUUUACUUUCUCUUCUGCGUUUACAAUACAAAAAGGCAUCUUUUGAAUUUGCAAAUUUAAAUAUGCAAAGUCAACAAGCUUUUGAAUUAGCUAGGCGUGGAGCCCCCAGACCAAGAGUUCUUGGAAGUCCAUUAAUUUUUGGUUUAGAUUUAUGUUAUUUUAAACUUCCUUAUUUUAAAUUAAAUAUUCAAAUAAAUGGUGAAACUGAUCAAUUUUUAUGUGAUUUUAUACACGAAAUUGGAUUAAAUCUGUCAACAGUUGCAAGUACUAGAAAAUUACGGCGAACAAGACAAGGCUUUUUUGGAAUUGAACAUGCACUUUUAGACAAACAUUUUCAUUUAGAAUCCGUUUUAAAAAAUAUUUUAAUGUGUGAAAAAAUUUUGGCAAAAAAUUUGGAAAAUUUAAAUUGUGAAGUUAUUGAAUUAAAUGAUGAUAAUGAAAAAGAAAAUAAAUUUUUGGAACGUUAUAAAUUAAAAAAUGAAGAUUUGGAAAGUGAAAAUUUACCUGAAUUAGAAGAUUGUUUGAAAUUACCUUUUGGAAGAGAAUAUAAAAUUUGUUGA